AUGCCUCUCUUUGGAAGUACGUUUAGUCCGAAGAAGACGCCCCCUCGGAAGUCGGCCUCUCUCUCCAACCUGCAUAAUUUGGACCGGUCAACGCGGGAGGUGGAACUGGGCCUUGACUACGGAACCCCCACCAUGAACCUGGCCGGGCAGAGCCUGAAGUUUGAGAACGGCCAGUGGGUAGCAGAGACGGGGGUUAGUGGAGGUGUGGACCGGAGGGAGGCUCAGCGCCUGCGGAGACGGAACCAGCAGCUGGAAGAAGAGAACAACCUCUUGCGGCUGAAGGUGGACAUCCUGCUGGACAUGCUCUCGGAGACCACUGCUGAAUCCCACUUAAUGGAGAAAGAGCUGGAUGAACUGAAGAGCGUCAGCAGGCGGAGAAAAUGA